AUGCCAGAGUAUGGAGCAGGGUCUCAGGAAGCGCUUGAUUUCCAUUUAAUGGUAUACCACUUAGCUACUCAAAUCCCCUACGGAAGAGUCACUAACUACGGCCAUCUGGCGUAUCUAGCGGGAAAGCCUGAGAACUCGAGGCAGGUGGGGUACGCGCUCAAGCAUUUGCCUACGAGGCCUGAGCUUCGCUACAGCUCGCAGUCCGUACCGUGGUGGCGGGUUAUUGGCGGUUCCGGGUACAUCAGCACGGUUGAGAAACGCCAGCACCAGCUGGAGCGGCUGCGGCAGGAGAUCCCGGUGACCGACAAGGGCGGGGUGGAUAUGGCUACGUACGGCUGGUUUCCUGAAAUCGAGGACUUGAAUACUGAUGUAGAAUACCCGCAAUAA